CGCCGCAGGAAGCACCGCCCGCACGCCUUCCUCUUUCUCUUCCUCCUCCGCCCGCCUCCCGCGGUGGCGGCACGGCCAUGCAGCCGUACUUCUCUCUUGCCGACUGCGAUGUGAUGGGCUUCGACCUGGAUCACACGCUGUGCCGUUACCAUCUUCCGCAGAGCGCGACGUUAAUAUAUGAUAGUUUUGCUCAGUAUCUGGUAACGGAGAAGGGUUACGACAAGGACUUGCUGACUCUAAAUCCAGAAAGCUUAGACUUUUGUUGUAAAGGCUUGGCAUGGGACCUUGAAGAUGGAAACUUCCUGAAGCUUGCAGAAGAUGGAACAGUUUUGAGGGCAAGUCAUGGCACUAGGAGUAUGACAUCUGAAGAGAUCCUGGAGAUUUAUGGAAGGAGGGAAUGGAAGCAUUUUAGUUCAGUCAGUGGAAUGCUUUCCCGCUCAGCUAAAUACUAUCUGUAUGAUAAUUAUUUUGAUCUACCAGGAGCCCUCCUGUGUGCUAGAGUUGUGGACAGUUUAGAUCAGCACGAUGGUCAGAAAAAAUAUGACUUCUGGAAGGACAUGGUGGCUGCUAUCCAGCAUAAUUAUAAAAUAUCAGCUUUUAAAGAGGACUGUGGGACAUAUUUCCCAGAAGUGAAAAAUCAUCCAGAAAAAUACUUACAAAGAUGUCCCAAUUCUGUAAAAAAGUGGCUGAAACAACUGAAGAGUUCUGGGAAGAUUCUGCUACUAAUUACCAGUUCUCACAGUGACUAUUGCAGGCUCCUGUGUGAAUAUAUUCUUGGAAACGAUUUUGAAGAGUAUUUUGAUGUUGUGAUCACAAAUGCUUUGAAACCUGGCUUUUUCUCCCAUACUCCAAACCAAAGACCUUUCCGAACUCUUGAAAAUGAUGAAGAGAAAGAGGCUCUGUUAUCACUGGACAAGCCUGGCUGGUAUUCCCAAGGUAAUGCUAUCCAUCUUUAUGAACUACUGAAGAAGAUGACAGGCAAGUUGGACCCCAAGGUUGUUUAUUUUGGUGACAGCAUGCACUCAGAUAUUUUCCCAGCUCGUCACUAUAGCAACUGGGAAACUGUCUUCAUCUUGGAGGAGCUUUUAGGGGACAAAGUUAUGGUGCCUACAGAGACUGAAUCUGAGCCCUUGGAGAAGAAAGGAAAAUACGAGGGAUAUCACCCCAAAAUACCCUACUCUGUAUCUGAGCAGUGGGGUUCUUUCUUUGUGGACAGACUACCAGGUCUGGAAAAUGCAGAGGAAACCUUAGUUCGUACAUGGUCCUGUAAAUGCAUUAGCACUUACAGCACUAUUGCAAUCCCUAGUCUGGAAGCAAUUGCAGCUUUUCAGUGCAAGGAAAGUUCUAUGGCAAAGCUCCUAAGCUUGAACAAAUUACUGGAAUUCCUGUAAAAACGAGAGAAUUAAUAUUGGCUGAUGACUGCCCAUAUAGCUGUGCUACCCGCAUGCUGAGACAUGUGAUAGAUUGUCUGUUGUGUUUUGAUAUUUGCUACAGUUAAGCAGUUUGAAGGUUUUCAAAAUCAAAUCAUAUUGCUGGAGAGCUUUUUACUUCCCCCCCACAUUUCCAUUUCUCCCUUGAUAGCUAUCAGAAGCACAUGUAUGCUUUCAAUCAGUCCUGCCCUACUCUUUACUACAAGGUUUUUGCUGCCAUGUUGCCUCCAGGAGUGGGGACUUCUCCUUCUGUGGGUUUCUCAUGCAUCACCAGCGUGCUGCUGUGCUGUCACUGCUAAAGAAUGUUGUUCUCCUUCUAGUGGUCACUAUUGCAAAAUUCUUUGUGAUAUUUCUUCUGUGUGUUUUGAGAGAGAUCUGCAUUAGGCUUGGUCUGUGCUUUUAAUUGGAGAAAUAUAUCUUCCACCUGAAGACCUUCGUUAAGAUUAUAAUUGUUUCAUGUACUGAUUUGUUCAAGGAAAUCUCAGAGAAAGAUUAAAUAUGAGUAUUAAGUUUAUCAAGCAAGGCUAUGUCAGGAUUAGAUUAUAACUGACUUCCAUUCAGCUACUCAAAUAUUUUCCUGAUUACUCAUCUAAAAUACUACAUUUUCCCUUCUUCUUGUGGUUUCCCCUUCCUACGCUGUGGCUACAACUCUCGUGGUUUUUUUUUCCCAGUAAAAGCUUUUGGCUUUCAUUUAUUGGUUUAUACUGAGUAGGAACUGAGACGUAGUCAAGCUAAUAAGUACAAAAUAAAUCCAUCUUAAUCACCUACAUAUAUGAAUAUAGAUAUGCCAAAGCAUCAGAGUGCAACAUUAUAAUUUAUGUCACUUAACAGCUGGAUUUUAGUAGCUUGAACUCAGCAACUUAGUGACUGGAAUAAGCCUGGCAGUUGUUACUGUUCAGAUAUCACCAUCACCAUUUUAUUUAAACUAGGGCUGCUCAAGGGCUGCAAGUGAGGCUGGGCUGGGCAGGGUACCUUGGGGACCUUCUGUGAUCACCCUGAGCCCUGUGCAGCCCUGAGCCAUUGAGAAGCACCAGCUGCCUGCACAGCUACUGCAAAGGGAGCUGGCACUCAUCACUCACUGACAUUCAGGCUCUGCUUUGGGAGCAAGAAUAUUCCUGAGGCUACAUCUGGCAACUAGACUUCCUGUAGAUCUAGAAAGGGAUAUAGACUAUGAGACUCCCCAUGUUUGACUUCGAGGAGGCUGGGCUCCAAAAGUGAAUACUGGGAACAAAAUAAAUCUUGGUGGAAUUACCUAUGUACCGUAGAAAAUUUCCAGGAUUUAGGUCCCUACACAGCCUUUUUGGGUAAAGCCACCCAGAUCCUUCUUCCAACCUCAGUCUGUUUAGUUUGUAUGAGGUUUUUCUGUGGUUAUUCUUUUGUUGUUGUUUUAUUUCCUAGGUGAGUGACAAUAGGAGAUGGGGUUUGUGUUGAAUCCAUUGUCAGUGUAGGCUAGCACAGAUCAGAGUCUCACUGUAUGUAAGAGAGAGCUGUGUAUGUACCCUCUUCUUAUUUACAGCUCUCCAUCAGGGCUGGGUGAGAAGAGAAUGCCCAGAUGUAAAGCUCUGCCAAGACAGCAGCAGCUGUGAACAUGCAGAGCCUGAAGAUAUUUAUUGGCAAAAAUACUAGGAAACAAUCAUUUUGGAAAUGGGCACUCAUUUCUUUCCUGAGGCUUGCUUUACUAUCAAAUACUGUAUCUUUUAUUUUUAUUAUUAUUUCCUUUAUUUUUUUAAAAGCAAGCAGUGUUCAUUUCUCCUCUAUGCCAUCAGUGACAGUAGGAAAUAAGACCAAGUACAAAAUCAAUUGCUGCUGUGUCCAGGAGGCAAACUCAAAACCCUUACCAUAGUUUAUUUCUGAUGAGCCAGCACUGCUGGUACCAUUGCUGUCUGCAUCCAAAGAAAUUGGACUGAGCAUCGGUGUACAGUUAACAUGAAUUCUUUGCCAUCCAAGGCAACUGCAAUUUGUGUGAUGUUUCAGAGCUUUCAGAAGGACUUACAGCACACUUCCUCUCUGGCAUUUCCUGGAUUUCCAUUUUUUUUCAUAAUUUUAUAUCCCCUCACAAUAAAAAUCUUCAUUUUUCUUGCUUUGAGUCAUCACCCUUCAUCUUCACUCUGAUUUAUUUAUAGCUGCUAGGAUUCCAAGUAUGUAUUUCUGGAUCAGUGAAGGGCUUUCACAUAAAUAUCUCACACUAAAAUAAAGCAGUAGUGUGAAGUGCUCCCAACUCCAGGCAGGGCAGAUGCAGCAAAUGAAAUCACUGAUGGAAAUAAACAUGAAAAUACAGGAAGAUUUUUCUUAUAAUUGUGACAUAAAAUCAGCACGGUGGGUGAAGAAUAGUAUCUGCUUCGUGUACCUUUCAUUGAUGCCUUACACAACAUUGUUACAUAUGGAUACCUUCUGUUCAUCCAGUCAACUUGCUCAGACAAAAGCAAUAUUUAACCAGGCAGAUUGGAUUUUGAAUAUGUAAAAAUUGAUUAUUCUCUGUUGGAGUCCUGUGCAUUGUAUUCAGAAUGGAUUCAGCAUUUAAGCUGAUUGUUUACAGCUAGUUUACCAUGAAAUAUCAACAAAAUUGCCAUUUUGAUCUCACUGCUCAUUUCUUCAAGAUAAGAAAACUCACAGCAAGUCUGCAUCAUUUACACUGCUGUUUUUUUUGUUAAACUGCUUUUGGGAGACUCCAGACUGCUAGAAUAAAAACCUAAUGAAAGCUUUUAGAUUAAAAAAAAGUAUUUAAAUUUUAUAGAUUAUGAAGAUAUUCGGAAUACUUGCUUCUUUGCUCAGUAGACAAGAAAACAUCUGCCUGCUCUGCUAUGCUGAGAAAGAGCCCUAGAGAAUCCCUUGGCUAAGGCAGAAUGAGAAAAUGUGCUUCUUUGACAAGUUGAAGUAAUCCAUUUGUAAUCAAGAGCGUAAUUCACUUGCAAUCAAGUAUCCUCCCAUUACUUCUUUAUUCCAGUCUUUAUCUGACUUCUCAACUGGAUCUAGAUUCUGAUUUGUUUGCUUCAGCUGUGUUUUAUGUAGUCUUAAAGCUGCAGACCUGGCUGCUGCCCUGCUGUAUGCGUAAGAAUUGCUGCUGAGAUAGAGCAGAGUUGUUUGAUCUGAAAUGGCUAAGACUGUGUUUUUCUGUUUCACUGAAGGAGCUGAGUGGAAAAAAUUGCAUAGCCUGUAGUAUCUAGAUAUCAGCCCCUAGAUAUUCCCCCUCCCUGCCGAAAAAAAAAAAAAAAAAAAAAAAAAA